GUGGUAACGUGUUGACAACAUUGCAAAGUUAAAAUAUGGUGUCCUGACUGUCAUGUUGAAAAAGAUAAUGAAUUUGUAGAUAAGAUAAAAAUUUGUGUCCGUGUAUGUGAAAUAAAAACGGUUAGGAAUAAAAACAAUAUGUCAGGCUUCGACGAUAAUCCUUUUGGGGAACCAACAAUAGACAACCCUUUCGCUGAUCCUUCUGUACAGCAAGUUACUAGAAAUACCAAUGCCCAAAUUCGAGUGGAUGACUAUAACCCCUUUGAUAACCAACCACAGAGUCAAAAACCGAUGACUUAUGAUCAACCCAACAGCGGACCAGCUAUAAUGCAGCCAACACAGGAGCCUCCAGCUUACACAAAGAGUGGACAGCAAAGUCAAGCUGCACCAAAGCCUACCCUAAACACUGAAGAAUUACAGAAAAGGCAAGAAGAACUAGAGAGAAAGGAACAGGAAUUGGCUCGUAGGGAGGAAGAAAUGAGACAAUCUAGUUAUAAUGUUAGACGAAAUAACUGGCCACCUCUACCAGAACAGUGUUGCUUUCAGCCAUGCUUUUACCAAGACAUUCAAGUGGAUAUACCAUUAGAGUUCCAAAAAAUCGUUCGACAUUUAUAUUACCUCUGGAUAUAUCAUGGAAUAAUUAUGUUGAUAAAUAUACUUGGAGGGAUAAUAUUGCAGGAUGCUAAAAUAAUUGGUCUAGGGAUAUUGUACACCUUAUUAUUUACUCCAUUUGGUUACCUGUGUUGGUUCAGGCCUGCAUACAAGGCAUUCCGAUCAGACUCUUCAUUUAAUUUCAUGGUCUUCUUUUUCAUCUUUUUCUUUCAGUUCGUAAUUACAACCAUUCAGACUGUCGGAAUACCAGGAUCAGGAACAGUUGGGAUUAUCACAGCCUUAAAAACAUUUGAUAAUACUGCAGCAGGUAUCAUUACUGGAAUUUUGGCUCUUAUUAUCGCAAUUGGAUUCGGAUGCGCAGCAGCAGCAGACUUGUUUCUUAUUUCUAAGAUUCAUCGUAUGUACCGUAGUACAGGUGCUAGUUUGGCUAAAGCUCAACAAGAAUUUACGACAGAGUUUCUCCGUAAUCAGCAUGUCAGAAGUGCUGCAAGUAAUGUUGCAGCUGCAGCAGUUCAGUCCCAGUUUAACCAGAAUCAGAACAACACCAGAUAUUAAUUUUUGUAUAUUAUUUAUUCAUUAAUUUGCAUUCUAACAUAUUUUUCAGUAUUUGAAAUUAAAGAGGUUUUU